CAAUCGCACACAGCAAAACGAGUGUAGAAGAAAAAGAAAACAUUAAACGGAUUUUUCUUUGCUGCCUGCUUCGAACAGGAAAAAGUGAUAUUCUUUGAUUUUUACACAAAAAACGUGAAUUUGUUUUGUUUUAAGUUUACAAACUUACUGCGAGUGUGAAGUUUGCAGUCGGGUGUGUAGGUGAAAAGUGGUUUUGUUAAUAUUAUUGCGUAUUUAUUGGAAUCGCGAAGAAAAUACUUUCGGUCGGUGGUUGUUUUCGUUCCUUUGGUUUGGUGCGUCGCGAUUUUCUUCCUUCGACGGUUGAACUGUUUGUUCUGCCUGCUCGGAAAUAAGAAGAAUUCCUUCAGAGAUCAAGCUGGAUUUGCAUGAAUUUCGAAGACUAUUGUUUGUAGCUCGAUGGAUAUUCUUACCGAGAGCAGUGGUGUCGAUUCUUCACCUGAUAUGAAUUCAAGCGUCGAAUUGCCGUCGCCGGAGAGACGCUCGGUGAUGCCCAGAAAAUUGACGUUUUGUGCAUCACCGGAUGGGGAAAAUCCGAUGGGUGAUUACCGGCGAGGCGCAUUGAACGUAAGUCCUCGCAAGCAACCAUCACUUUCACCUCCUUACCGGAAAGUCAGAGCCCUCCGACUGUUCGAUUCACCGGCUACUCCGAAGACGAUUAUUCAGAAGUCUACUAGUAAAAUUCUAAAAUCACUUGCCAACGGUUGUGCCAAAGAUGGGUUGGAAGUUCCUGCGGUUGAUGCUAAAGUUUCGUCAAUCUGCGAAAAGCCACGGGCAGUACCACUGCAUCGUAACUGUGAGAAUGUUAGGCCGUCCGCUAACGUGAACCCAUUCACCCCUCCGGGUAUGUUCAUGCGAACCAAAAAGCGAACACGUUCUGGUCAAGAUGGAAACGACAAUCUACUGAAUUCCAGUUUUCCAGCAAGCUUUCCUUGCAACAAAAUCAAUCAGAUGCAGCAGCCAUCGUUACGGCACAGUAUUGGGUUCUUCCAAAUGCAACCCAAGUACGACAAUGAAUCUCUGAAAACCUCUAGCUUACUGGAAGAUGAUCUGAGUGAGGUGCGUCAAGCUCCGAAGCGCCUAGCGCUGCAGGAUUCCAACAUCUCCCGGUACGAAAAAGAGUUUGUUGAAAUGUCGCUUUUGGGAGUCGGUGAAUUCGGACUAGUCUAUCAGUGUAUAAACCGGUUGGAUGGCUGUGUGUAUGCGAUUAAGAGAAGUAUUAAACCGGUGGCAGGAAGUUCCUUUGAAAAGACAGCUCUGAAUGAGGUCUACGCGCAUGCCGUCCUCGGGAAGCACGACAACGUCGUCCGAUAUUAUUCCGCUUGGGCGGAAAAUAAUCACAUGCUGAUUCAGAACGAGUUCUGCAACGGGGGCAGUCUGCAGACUCUGCUUCAGGAACGCACGUUAAAGGAAUCGGAACUGCGAAUGUUGUUGCUGCACAUUGCGGAAGGUUUGAAGUAUAUUCAUUCGAACGAUCUCGUUCACAUGGAUCUGAAGGCUGGAAACAUUUUCCUCACCAAAGUGCCAAUUCGGCCGGUAUCCUGCUCCGGAACGACAGCCCAUCAAGCGGAUUGUGCCGAUGAUGGUUUCGAAGAUGUAUACGAUGACUUGGAAAAUGAGUUUCUGAUUACGUACAAGAUUGGUGAUCUCGGUCACGUUACCUCAGUUAAUGAUCCACAGGUCGAGGAAGGAGAUUGUCGCUAUCUGCCGAACGAGAUCCUGCAGGAGGACUUCACUAAUCUACCGAAGGCGGACAUUUUCUCGUUGGGCAUUACGCUGUAUGAAGCUGCUGGCGGGGGUCCACUGCCAAAGAAUGGUCCAAUAUGGCACCAGCUGAGAAGUGGAAAUUUCGCCGACCUGCCCGGAAUUAGUCGAGAGCUCAACGAGCUGAUCAAGUUGAUGAUGCACCCAGAUCCGGAGAAGCGACCAAGUUCGUCGACGGUUUUCAAUCACUCUGUUUUAUCGCCGGUUGAUUCCAAAACGAAGGCACAACUGUGCUUAGAGUUGAAUAUGGAGCGACAGAAGAAUGAAGUGCUGAUGCGAAAGUUGAAGGAGCAAAGUAAAAUGCUGAAGUCGUACGAGCAAGCACAGACGCCAAUUACUCGCAAGUGCCGAACCAGCAACACCCGGGAGUUAACAGUGUCGGACCGCAAGCUACGUUCCUAUUCGCGUAAGAAGCGUUCUACCAAUCUAAUCACAACGCGACGUGGCAUUCGGGACAACAGCAAGGGCAAGGAUUACUAGGAGGAAACUCCCGCGCACUUCCGUAUACUAAUAAAGUGAAAACAGCACCCAGGUAAAGAAACAAAAAAGUUCAUCCAUUUUUGUUGCUUUGUGAAGCAACCGAUAUGCCGAAACAGCUCGCAGCUUAGAGCAAUCGUAUUGAAAUCGUUACAACAGAAGAAUUGAAACCAAUUCAAACAGAGACAACAACUAAGAGAGAAAAGCGAACAAUCGUUUUAGAUACACAAAUUGGUUUUUUUCAGUGCCUAUUUGCACUCUUUACUGAAACACUUUUUUACUCAUUCACACGUUUUAUACUUUUUUUUGCUUAUUUUUCGACGUCUUUUAAUUGCUAAAUUUAUUCCGCUUAUCAAUUUUUAAAUUCAAAAUUUCUUUUAAACAAUAUGUUAGCUAGCGAGCAGUUGCACACUAUCUGCUUAUAUUUUAGUUAAAUGAGGAAGUGUUUCCAAGUUGAAUAUACGUUUGGAGAAGAAGAAAGUUGAACUGGUAUUAGCAUAUUUUUAAGUGUUUGAUUUGUUAAGUGAAACAGAAAUACAAAGGAAGUAAACCCAAAAAAAAACAAAUAAGCUGUGACUUGUUGUUGGAGUGUGCCUUUCAAAAAAAAAAAAAUGACAACCGAUUGUUAUAGAUAACUCAAAUCAGAUCAGCCCUCGGUACAAACUAGGUAUGAUAUUAAAGAUCUAAUCGAUAAACUGUUACGACAGAAUCCAAGUGAAUAAAAUGACCGAAUCAGGUUCCAUCGAAGGAAGGAAAAAAACAAAGCAGGAAGAUAAAUUUAACGAGGAUAAAAAGUCCAAAUAAGAAGAUAGAGAGAGAAAGAGGAAACUUGUGAUUUUACUACGUAAGAACAAGAAAAAAAAAAACAAACAUAGGAAUAAAAUGCUACAAAGGCUACAAAAGGAUUUAUUUUCUGUCCGCGCAUCUAUUAUAAAUGCAUUCUGCAAGCACAUUCACUUACUUCUGAAAAGUGAUUAGAAUUCUUCCAUUCCUAACACUCCACGCUACCAUAUGGAUGUAGCUUAUACAAAAACUAAGGAAAUAGACUGUCGUAGAGCCAACCCUGUAUCCACUCUUGAACACAGUUUUUUUCGUAUGCCAUAGAAGCCAAUAGUUAGCUUCCACUGUGCGGGUGUCACACCAUUCACUGCUAGUUGUUAAGUUAUAUUUUCAUCCAAAAAGUUUUAUUUUGAUAAGUGAUUUUCCUAGAACUGUAACGCAUCAUUGUAGAACCUCUCGCAAAGGAAAGAAAAUUCACAAUAAAGAGAUAUUAAUAAAUUUCACUAA